UGAAACAGGAGGCUAGUGGUCUCACAUUGAUCUAUUUCCGCACACCAGUCAGCGGCCUGGCCAGUGCAGGUAGCGCGGCCAAUUGGGGCGCCGAGGCGAGCGCAGAGGCCAGUUGGUCGGCAGGGGUGCGGGCGACUCGUGCUGCGGCCGUGCAUGCCGUGAUGAGGGCAGCGCGAAAGGUUGGCUAAUGUGCUAAUGUGCUGGCCUGGCCGCCCAUGCGCUUGCUGGUGCUGGUGCUGGUGCAGGUGGUCAAGGUGGAGAGCGGCUUUUUCUGCUCUGGGAUCCCGCCUGCGCGACUGCUCAUCUCCCCGGGCGCAUGUUGCUGGGACGCGUGCCCGGGGCAGGUGUGUGCCUGGGCUGCCCUUUCCUUCGCCUUGUUCGCUCCUGCCUUCCUGCCCACGCUUCCCUGCUGCUGCUCGCCGCCCGCGCCUGCCCUGCGCGCUCCUCGGCGCAGAGGCCACAUCCGGCCUAGCCCCGCCAGCCGCAGACACUCGAAAACCUUAACCCUCGCUUGCAGCCCACCACGAGGCCCUCGCGACACAGACGUCCAGUUUGCCCAUCUAGAGUAUCGAUCACCGCGGUCCGAUGCCUGCCGCGCUGCUUCAUGCUGUGGAAAACACGCUUCUUGCGUCAGUUUAGCUUGCUGGCCUGGCAGGGAACCCGAGCCCACCUCCAGCGGCCAUCGUCAUGUGCCCGUCGUGCCACCACCACAGCUGCCCGCCCUGCAGAGGCGCAACUCUAACCACCACCUAGAAGGCCGCCGGCCGCCGUCGUCCCAUGGUCGCCAGAACGACAUCUCGGAUUCUGGACAACCGUCGUCCGGCGCACCUAUGACAUUUCCUUUUUGCCGCAUCCGUCCGCUGUCAAGUACACGCUGCGCUGCUGCCAGCCAUUCCCUGAUGCGGAUGUGAACCAUGUUUGCCUACUGCUUACGAUGGCCGGCAAUCCUGUCGC